AUGACUCUCUGCGAAUUGCAGAAGAAAAGAAUAAAUGCAAUGGAAAUUAAUGAUUCAGAAACAAUAAACAUUAAAAGAAGGAGGGAACUGUUCAGCCAGAAGGCCAGAGGAAGAGACGCGAGGGGAGGAGGGAGACAACAAUUUAAAGAAAUAUCGAGUGAUUCUGAGAAUCAAUCAGAUGGUGCCGUAAACAAAAGGCAAAUCGGGGUAGAGGAAGAGGAAAAGGCGCACCAAAAGGAAAGGGAAGAGGAAAGACAUCCCAAAGCAGAACUCUUAUUACAAAUCUUGUUGACUUCUUGUUCUCGUGGAGCUACACCGAUCAAAUUAAGAGAAUCAAAGUGGUUUACGGGACCAGAUUUCUUAUGGAAUGCGGAACACGUAGUCAGAAAGGAAUUAUCGGAUACGUCUAAACCGUUAUUGAAUGACCCGGAAGUUAGAAAAAUUAAAGUAAUGUCUACAAGUACUUGUUUACCUCCUCCUGCGUCCAUACUUGAACGUUUAGAAUACUUUUCAGAUUGGAACAUAGCUAAACAUGCGACAGCUCUUUGCUUGAACCUGAGAAAUGCGUUGCUAGCAAAACGUCCGAAGGGAACCUGUUUAUCCGUUAACGUGGAAGACAUGCGACAAGCUGAACUUGAAAUUGUCAAAAGGGUUCAAGACACUUUCUUCAAGGAAGAAUUACUCAUAUUGCGUUCAUUUGAUUCUGAAGGACCGUUUGAAGCCAACGACUCAGCUAAAGUGCGAAACAAUACUAUGAAAAAGAAAUCGUCUUUGUAUAAACUUGAUCCCUUUCUCGACCAGGACGGCAUCAUCCGAGUUGGUGGCCGCAUCCGACGUGCUGAUCUGAGCAUUGAUUUGAAGCAUCCUAUUAUAUUACCUAGACAUUCUCACGUCACCGAGCUUAUCAUGCGCUAUUUUCACGAAAAAUCAUUUCACCAAGGACGUGAAAUUACUACGAACACAAUACGUUCACAUGGAUAUUGGAUAAUCGGAUGUAGUUCAGCUGUUUCGAACCUUUUGUCUAAAUGUGUUACAUGUCGAAAAUUGCGUAGCCAAACCCAAGUACAGAAAAUGGCUGAUAUACCGGUAGACCGACUAGAGACCGUGCCUCCAUUCACGUUCUGUGGUGUUGGUCUGUUUGGACCUUGGUUAAUUAAGGAGGGCCGCAAGGAACUUAAGCGGUAUGGAGUUUUAUUUACCUGUUUGUCAUCGAGAUUAAUUCAUAUCGAAACUGCUAACUCUUUAGAUACGAGCUCUUUCAUUAAUGCCUUGAGAAGAUUUGUGUCUAUCCGCGGACCCGUGAGGCAUCUUCGGUGUGAUCAAGGAACUAACUUUGUUGGAGCCGAAGGAGAAUUUACUAAGGCAAUGUCUGAAUUGGAUUUUGACCGAAUCCGUCAAUAUCUACUUGAACAAAACUGUGAUUUCGUACAAUUUAAGAUGAACGUUCCGUCUGCUAGCCACAUAGGUGGCGUUUGGGAAAGACCGAUACGUUCUGUCCGAAACAUUCUUUCAACUUUACUAUGUCAGCUAGGAACUCAGCUUGAUGAUGAGUCGUUGGGAACUUUAAUGUCUGAAGCAACAGCUAUAGUGAAUAGUCGACCACUUACGUUGGAAAACCUGAACGAUCCGCUUUCCGUUGAACCGUUGACACCAAAUCAUUUAUUGACUAUGAAAAGUAAAGUUUUUCUACCACCACCUGGAAACUUCAUGAAAAACGACGUAUAUUCCAGAAAGCGCUGGAGACGGGUUCAGUUUCUUGCAAAUGAAUUUUGGUGUCGUUGGAGGAAAGAGUUUCUUUCAAAUAUUCAGUCUAGGCAAAAAUGGAUCGCUCCGAAGCGAAAUUUAUCUGUUGGUGACAUUGUUAUGAUUAAGGAUGACAAUUUAUUGCGAAACAUGUGGAGACUAGGUCGAAUUUGCAAAACAUUCGUUGAUGAUGAUAAUUUAGUCCAAAAAGUAAGACUCGCAGUAGGAUCAACGAAUUUGGAUCGUAGAGGAGUCCCAUUAAUUCCUGAGAGAGAGAAAGAGAGAUUUUUAAAUUUGUUUAAUUAA